AGAGAGGUGUAUAUUGGACGCUCAACUGGCCUUUAUUAUGACUGAAAACAUCCUUUGCACGGUUUGGAUCGCCCUCAAGAGGCUUGAUCUCAAUGAAAACAGGAUCACAGCUCUUCGGGAGGUUCAUAUUCCAAGUGGGGCGAAAGCAACCACUAUAAGACAAACACUAGCUCAUACAUUCAGACUUGACACCUCUCAGAUAACGCUAAAGAUACGCAACAAUCGAGGAUCUCUGAUUCCAUUAAACUGCUGCAUGCUGCCAAACAGCAAGCAAAUGCCGUACAUCCUUGAAGUGGCGAAAAACUACCAGCACGUCAAGCCAAGAGCCAGACGUGUUCCCAUGACUGUUAUUAAUAAAACCUUGAAGUUGAGAGAGCAGAGCAUUGUGAAACGGAUCGAAAGAUUAGAGGAACUGUUGCCUGAAAUCAAGCUGAAAAACCAUGAAAAGAUGACAAAGGACAUCGAGUUGCUGAACCAAAAACUGGUCUUUCUUCACAAGCGAAUGCAGAUGGCCGAGUCCUAUUGCUGGGAGGGGAUGUUAAGAAGAGCUCCACUGUGGUGAAUGAAGGAGUUUAAUAAGAAGC